UUUCAUAAAAGCACGAUCAGCACAACGCACCGCAGGCCAGUCGCUGAGAAGCCGUUGCGGAGUGUGCACCGUGUGCCCAAAGUUAGUCCCGUUCUGCCAUUGUUUUAUGUUGUGUUUCCAAAUUUAGACAAGCGCCACAGUGAGUUGUGGACGGAACGGGAGAAACAAAGUACGGUGUGUAAGGAUUUGCCCGUCGAGGCAAACAUUAGCCUUUUAAGUUGCUGUAAAGUAGCAUUUUGAGUGUUGAUAUACAGAGUGAUAAGUGUUUGCAAGUGAUACGCUGUAAGGUUACGGCUAUAAACCAUAAAACUCGAAUACAAACUCGGCAAUAGGUUUCAAAUUACAGAUCGUGUAACUGUAGUGUACCUUAUGUUCAGUUUGUUGUAAACCGUGCGCCUUAACAGCACACACACACAAACACGCCGAUCGGUGAACGAAACGAAGAUGAAUCUUAUCACCACAACGACAGUCCGUUCAGCAAGGUACCAACUAUGGCGCCUGGCUACAUGCGGUCUCAUACUACUAGUCCUCGCACAUUCCACGGCGGGAGCCGAUCUGAAGGAACGGGCCCGUUCCGCUUUGCUGCUGGAAAAACCGAACGGUUCUGCUAGCUGCCAAGUCCAGCAACCUUUACCCUGCCCACCGAGCAAGUUCCGUUCAGCGUCCGGCGAAUGUAACAACUUCAAUCACCGUUUCUGGGGUGCCCGUGGUGAUCCCUUCAUUCGGCUGCUGCAGCCAGACUAUGCGGACGGCAAACUGAAGCCACGUACAUCGAUCGGAUCGCAUGCUCUGCCCACGCCCGACUUCAUCGUUAAUCAACUGCAGCUAUCCGUCGAUGAGAAGGCCAUCCAUCCACACAUCACGGCCAUGCUGCCGGCCUGGGGACAGCUGCUAGCGUACGAUCUCGUGCAGAUCUUAUCCCCGAAUUCACGCUACCGCUGCUGUCGCAAUCAAACGCAAGCGGACGAGACACAGGACGACGUCGUGCAGUGUUACGUACGGAUGGGUGAAGGAUGUCGCGAAUACAAACGAUCGAUCCCAUCGCACGAUUCUACCAACUGCGAGUUCCACUAUCGCGAACAGAUGAAUGCAGCUUCCGGCUUUCUGGAUGGAUCGGGAUUGUAUGGUACUACUGAGAAAGAAAUCCAUGCAUUGCGAACGUUCCUAAACGGCAAGGUAGACACCGGUGCCUGUCUGCGUUGUAACGAACCGGGUGCUAUCGGUGCACUGCACACGGUACUGCUCAAGGAACACAACCGGAUCGCCGAUCAGCUCACAAAGCUUAAUCCCGAGUGGAGCGAUACGACACUGUUCUACGAGACGCGUCGCAUUGUGAUGGCACAGAUUCAACACAUCACGUACAACGAAUUCUUGCCCAUCCUGUUGGGCAGCCAGAUCACGAACAAUCCCGAUCUGCGGUUGGAAACCGGUGGACACUACAGUGGGUACUCUAGCGCAAACCGUGCCGGCAUGUUUGCCGAGGUGGCCGUCGGUGCUAUUCCAGCCUUCCUCACGAUGCUACCCCCAGACAUGUACAACGAUUCUAUGUCGGCCGAGAUUUUGCUGUCUUCGCCGGCCAUGCAGCAAACAUUCAUUCCGGACCAUGCAAGCUUCAACGACGAAUGGACACCGAUUUCGCUGGCAGUUCAUCGUGGACGCGAUCAUGGCGUACCGGCGUACCACAAAGCGAUCAAUCUGUGUGAAAAGCGCUUUGGAAAGCCUUUCGGCACUAAGCUCAGCUUCGACGACAUGCAAUACUUUGGACUGGGACAGAGCAAACGCGAGGUGUUGGAGAACAUGUACCAGGAUCCGGAAGAUAUCGAUCUGUUGAUUGGUGGACUGAUGGAAACACCUGCCUUGGGAACAGUGUUCGGACCCACACUAACCUGCCUGUUGGCCAUCCAGUUUGCGAACAUGCGUAGCAGCGAUCGGUUCUGGUACGAGAAUGAUCUUCCGCCGUCCUCGCUAUCACUGCCACAGCUGCAAGCUAUACGCCGGGUAACGCUUUCCGGUUUGCUGUGCGAAACAAAGGACGUACUGCGGGCCCAGCCGAAGGCAUUCAUCCGCGAGGAUCCGUAUCUGAAUGCGCGGCUUAGCUGUGAACAGGUGAGCGGGCUUGACGUUACAGCCUGGCGCUCGGAACAGGACGACGAGGUGGAAGAGUACAUGCAGGAAGAACAGCCAACACCCCCCGAGUUCGAGGAACUCAAUAUGGAUCUGAUCUCAAGCGCAAUCAACAAGGCCAAAACGAAGCUCAACGAACGCAAGCGACAGGAAUACGAAGCGUGGGUACGACAGGGAGGCAUUGAUGCCAAGUCUCCGGACGGGACGGCCGCUUCCUUCAGCAAAGCUAACCGAAAUGCAUUGAUCAUCGCCAACACCUCGCUGUUCUACGAACUGGCCACGAACGAGAUCGUUAACUCGCUGCACACUCUGCGACGUCGCAAGCGCCAAGUGUUUGACAAUAAUCUGGGCGGAUUUACCAGCGACGACUUCAGCAAUGCGCUUCAAAGCGUGGACGUCAAUCAGUUCAUUACGGGUUCGAUCUCGCCCAUCAAUCUGGAACCGCAGUGUGAAAAUCUGGAAGCAUCCUGUGACACGACGACACCGUUCCGUACGCUAACCGCCCACUGUAACAAUCUGCGCAACCCGGAACUAGGUCAAUCACUUACCGUGUUCGCUCGACUACUACCUCCAGUGUAUGAUGACGGAAUUUCUCAGCCACGAUCACUCUCCGUCACCGGUACACCGUUGCCGAAUCCGCGGUCCAUAUCCUCGCUAAUUCAUCCGGAUAUUUCCAAUCUGCACACGCGCUACUCGCUGAUGGUGAUGCAGUAUGCACAGUUCCUUGAUCACGAUCUCACCAUGACACCGAUCCACAAGGGUUUCCACGAAUCGAUUCCGAGCUGUCGAUCGUGUGACUCACCCCGUACCGUACAUCCGGAGUGUAGCCCAUUCCCGGUACCUCCACGCGAUCACUACUAUCCGGAGGUAAACGUCACAAGCGGUGAACGGUUGUGCUUCCCGUCUAUGCGCUCCCUGCCCGGUCAGCAGACACUGGGACCCCGGGAACAGAUCAACCAGAAUACGGCCUUCCUGGAUGCAUCACAGAUCUACGGCGAGAACGGAUGCAUUGCGAAGAAGCUGCGCGGUUUCUCGGGUCGUCUAAACUCAACGAUCCAUCCAAUACAGGGUAAGGAAUUGUUGCCCCAGAGCCCGGUACAUCCCGAGUGCAAAUCACCGAGCGGCUACUGCUUCAUUGCGGGUGAUGGACGUGCCUCGGAACAGCCAGGCCUAACAGCGAUCCACACCGUAUUCAUGCGCGAACAUAACCGCAUCGUCGAAGGACUGCGCGGUGUCAACCCACACUGGAACGGUGAUCAGCUGUACGAGCAGGCACGACGUAUCGUAAUUGCCCAGAAUCAGCACAUCACCUACAACGAGUUCCUGCCACGCAUCCUCAGCUGGAACGCAGUCAAUCUGUACGGUUUGAAGCUGUUGUCGCAAGGCUACUACAAGGAGUACAACCCAACCUGCAAUCCCUCGAUUGUGACGGAAUUCGCAGCGGCCGCAUUCCGUAUCGGCCAUUCGUUGUUGCGUCCACACAUUCCACGGCUCAGCGUGCAGCAUCAACCGAUCGAUCCUCCGCUACUGCUGCGUGAUGGAUUCUUCCGCACGGACAACUUCCUACAACCGGGACUGGUGGAUGAGAUUGCACGUGGUCUCGUGGCGACACCGAUGGAAACGCUCGAUCAGUUCAUCACCGGCGAGGUCACGAACCAUCUGUUCGAGGAUCGACGCAUUCCGUUCUCUGGUUUCGAUUUGAUUGCGCUAAACAUUCACCGUGGCCGUGAUCAUGGUAUUCCUUCGUACAACAACUACCGCGCACUGUGCAAUCUGAAGCGGGCCCAGACAUGGGAAGAUCUUGGUCGCGAAAUUCCACCGGAAGUAAUCGCUAGGCUGCGUCGCAUCUACGCUCACGUGGAUGAUAUUGAUCUCUUCCCGGGCGGUAUGUCCGAGCGUCCGCUACAGGGUGGACUGGUUGGACCAACCUUCGCCUGCAUUAUUGCCAUCCAGUUCCGACAGUUGCGCAAAUGCGAUCGUUUCUGGUACGAAAACGAAGAUCCAGUUGUUAAGUUUACGGAGCAGCAGCUAACAGAGAUCCGUAAGACGACGCUGGCGAAGAUCGUUUGCGAGAGUCUAGACAUUACUGGUGAUAUGCAGCGUGCAGCUUUCGAUCUACCAAGCAACUUCCUCAAUCCACGCGUGCCGUGCAGUUCCAUGCCACAAAUUGAUCUCAGUGCGUGGAGGGAAAACGUCGUCCAGGGAUGCCAAAUCGGAGGCAAGAACGUGAACGUCGGUGAGUCGGCCUUCCCAUCGCCAUGUACGAGUUGCAUCUGUACCAACGAAGGGCCCCAAUGUGCAUCGCUACGCAUUACCGACUGUGCUCAGCUUGCCCGUGAGUGGCCACGUGACGUGAUUCUUCGGGACGACGUCUGCAGUGCACAGUGCGGACUGGUGCUACAGAACGCCUCUCCUCAGGGCCGUAACAUUCCGAUCAGCUUGCGGCCACCUCCUCAGCGUGUUGCACGGUCCCGUAUCGUUCAGCAGCAGACGGCCACGGCACCGUUCACCUUCCAGGGCUUCCAGUUCCCUGAUCUUACACAAUUUAUCGGUUAGAAAGAGAAAGAUAGUAAGCGGUGCUAUUGCCACACGUGGGCAGGAAGCACCAUUUUUUUUUUUGUAAAUAUUGAGCGGCCAUAAUUGAUAGUUUCUCUCACACCUUUGCUAGUUUAUUUUAUUGUUCAAUUACGAAUUCACCGAACGUCGAACUGGAUCGAUCGGUCUUCUCUACCGCGUAACUGCCCUAAUUCGACGAUCAUCUCGUCGUUAGUACGUUUUUACCACUAUAUCUCUAUGCCACUGCGCCACUCCUUAAGUUAUAUUCUGCGUUAGGACUUGUGAGAUAGACAGAUGAGGUGCGAUCCCAGUCCUGUUCCGUGAUCCAAAUGCGUGAGCAGAACCUUGUACUAUUUACUAUUACUUUUCGCCUUGGUACACUGUACACUGUUUUAAAGCAACGAACGAAUACGUUCGGUUACACAAUAAAGCGAACAAAUGUUUCGAAUGGAAGAAGAUGAUAAUGGUUCAAACCGUAUGUGAGACGGAGCAGCAUCAGCUAGUGAUCUAAAUGAUAUGUAGGCAUAUAUUUACUAUGUGUAGCAAAGAUUCGUUCAACCGUAGGGUUGUUAGUCUACGAACGAAUAUGGUCCUGUAGGGACAGCGUCGAUUUAAACUAUAAUAAAGUGUAAUACAAUUUUCUGACUUAAAA